GGUAGUAAAUAGAAUGCUAUGAAAUGAUAAUGCCAUAUUUUUAAGGUAAAGCAGCUGACAGUUUGUUUUUUCUUUUCUGAUGUAUUGAAGGUGAUUUUUGUGUGGCACAUAGAGAUAAGAAGCAUGGCAGGAAAUAAAAUUGAAGACCCAACUCUGCCGACUGAGCAGCAUGACCCUGGUAGGAUUGGCAUCAUCAUCCAGCUAAUAGGCACAAAAGGUGAAUGGGACAGUCUCAAAGAUGGUGAUCUUACAGUCAAACUUGACAGGAAUAACCAGAAUUUCCUCCAGCCCAAGCCAUCCUCCAAUGAAAUGCAGACAGAAAAAGACAAAGACUGGAUUGUCCACUCUCCAGUGUUUCAUGUUCCUGUGUCCCCAUCUUCACCAGGCUCCCUUGGGGACUGCUCAUCCUCCAGGCUGGGUUUCCUUUCCCCCUCUCAUCAGCCUCUGGCUAGCCUGGUAAAGUCUCUUUCCACAGAGCUGGAAUUAAAAUGCACUUCAUCACUCAAGCCCAGACCUUUCAUCAGCUUGGUGAAGUCCAUCUCCACUGAGCUUUCUCGCUGCAAUCCUGAGGUGUCCCAAUCCAAGUCAGACUCUAAGCUCAACCUGAACCUGUGGACCCAGCUCACACAAUCUAAAGGCCAUAUUGGAGCCUCUCACACUGCCCCACCAUCCCCUGUUGAUCUUUCACCAACUGAUGCUAAAACAAGCUUUUUUAAAGUGGAGCUAGAAGACACUUGUCGUAAGCUUACUGAGGCCAUGCACGAGCCUCUCAGUGUGUUCAGUAAGAUCAUGCGUGAGGACAGCACGGGCAAGCUUAAGCACCAAAAGAGCACAGGCUCCAUUGAUACUUUCUACUCUAAAGGGUCUGGAAGUUCAAGUGGUGAACUUUCAGAAACUGAGAGUCCUAGGACAAGCUAUAAAUUAGAAUGUGGGGGACUUGCCAUGUCUAGUCAGCCUGUGAGGCUCAAUAGGAAAUGCAUUCACUGCAGAAAAUACCAUUUCCAUGGUAAACUCAACAAAUUGGGAGCUGAAGAGCCCACUGAGAUCUGCAAACAUGAAGAUGGUAUAAAUUUGACAAAUAAAAGUGAUCUGGCAGUCAAGCAUGCAUCGGACCAGCCCUGUUCCCAAGUCCCAGGGAUGGGUCUCAGCUGUGUUGCUGUUUUAUCAUACUGCUUUUUCAUCUUGCCUGUGUCCUCUUAUUGGUCUGGAAUGAUUGUUGGCUUGGCAUUUGGCUUCAUGCUGGGGCUCCUCCUUAUUCAAUUAGAAUUGACCAGACAUCACUAUUCUCUUCACUCAGAUAGGUUUAUUCAGAACACACAUGACUGUAUUCAUGGUGAGAGCAAAAUCAACACACUUAAGGGCUGGAUUAAGGAGAUGUAUUCCUAUGAUCCAGAAACAUACCACCCUUCUCUUAUGCACUCUGUGUAUGCGACACUGGAGGGGCCAUGUAUUCAGUUAGACUAUCCCUGCAGCAACAAUCCCCAGUGGGCCACCUUUAAUGAGCUAUGUUAUGAUCAAAGCUUCACCCACUCUCGUAGGUUUCGCCUGGACGGCAGCAAGGUAUUCCUGUUGCCCCCUACCCUGGCACAGAAGAGACUGUGGAACAGAAAGUAUCCCAUAUGCAUUACUGCAGCAAGUUCAGAGGAAAUAACAGAGGAUCAACAGGAUGCACAUUUUAAUGAGAAAUCAUUCCUUUCACUAUCUAAAGCCAAUCACAGCAGCACACUCUACCUCUUUGCCAGAACAGGCAGGGAGAAAGAGCAGUGGUUCCAUCAACUUCGUGCAGCAUCCUUGUGCAGAAAUGAUGGCCAGAAUCAACCUGAUAUCCCUGUAUCACAAGAGGUUAAAUCUUCUACAUAAGUGCAGGUUUCUGGAAGCACUGAAAAGAUCUCAUACAGUAUGUCUAGCUAUGACUACACCACCUACAUGACUGAUCUAAUCUCUUCAGUUCAAGGAAGAUCUUCACUUUGCUUCUGCCAUAACAGCAGGCAAAGCAGUUCUACUGAAAAAGAUCAGAAUGCAUGUCAUCACGGCGAAGGAAUGCAGCCUGUCUGGGUUAAUGCCCUGAUUGGUUGUAUCUUCUAAGAUUUUCUCUGUGAGAAGCAAGUGUCUGAUCAAGUUGCCUACAAUAUUCAGUGCAAGCUGAGCAAAAUAAGAUACAAUGUAUAUUAUGAAUAUUCUUGCAUGCCCCAGAUCACAGGCUUGUUCCAGCCCCAGGUCAAUGCCUGAGGUCUGUGGCUCCAGUUGAAUAUUGAGUAUACAGGAGCCCUGCAUAUGAGAUUAGAGACAAAAAUUAACCUGUCAAAACUGGGCAAAGACCUAAAGGUCCUGAAAGUGAUGCAGACCUACCAUGUAAGCAAUCUUGCUGUACUGGCUGACAUUGAUGAGGUAUCCUGUGCAGGCUCACCGACCACCGAGCCUCAGAAAACUCCGGUAGAGAAGGACACUAGUUCUGACUUGUCGACAAAAUUGAUAAAUCCAUAUACAACAAAUAUAUCAAACACGCAUCUGCUGCUCACUGUUGAGAUUAAAGAACUUUCUGGAGAACUUGUCAAUAUUCCACCUCCCCCUAUGGAGAGAAUAUGGUACAGUUUCUAUGUGCCUCCAAAGCUUGACAUGCAAGUUCAUCCCAAACGGGGGGAAUGGGAAUUGACUUUCUGUCAUGUCACUGAAUGGAUUGAGAAAAAACUUGAAGAUGAGUUUCAGAAAGUGUUUGUGUUUCCAAACAUGGAUGAUAUUUUUUCCCCAAUAAUGCACUCAGCCUUCGAGCCAACCAGAACUUCACACUCUUCUGCUCUGGGCUCUAGUGAGACCUGGAUCCUGAACCAUGCUUUACCUUCAGAAUAG